AUGUGUGAGAUUAUUUAUGAUGAUGUGAUCAGAACUGAGACUCUGGAAAUGUACAGAGGAGAAAGAGAGGAGAUGAUGGUGGACAUCUAUGAAAGUUCAGAUGCUGUAAGAAAUGAUGAAGUGAUGAUAAACACAGAGAUGAUGAGAACAGAUAGACAGCAAGAGCUUCAACAUACAGGAAGAGUCUCAGUGAAGAACAGAAGACACAGAUCAGUUCAAGUGUGUUUGUGUUUACUGUCUGUUCUUCUGUUCACUGCUGUAAUAGUCAUCUGUGUCUAUUUCACCAAUGAGACAAACCAACUACUAACAUACUACUAUAACUUGACUAAAGAAAACAAGAGUUUACUCACAAAACACAGUGAUUUACAAAACCAGAGCAGAAUCUUGACUGAAGAAAGAGAACAUUUCAGAAACAAGAGUGAUGAACUCCAAACUGCCCUACAAGUGAAAAAUCAGCUAAUACUGCGGUUAAUGAAUGAAAGAGAAGAUUUGAAGAAAUGGCUUAUUAAGCAAGAUCGGCACUCUGAUAACUUUCAAUGGAUUUACUACAACUUCCGUUUUUAUUACCUUUCAUCUGAUCAUAAGAUCUGGAGUGACAGCAGAGGAGACUGUGAACAGAGAGGAGCAAAUCUGGUGAUCAUAAACAACAAAGAGGAACAAGAGUUUUUGCAAAAGGCUAUAACUAGUUAUUAUAAUUAUAAUUAUUGGAUUGGUCUAAGUAAAAAUGGAGGUGUUUGGAAAUGGGUUGAUGAUACAACAUUGACAUUAAGGUCCUGGAUGAAUGAAUACCUGAGACCUUACAAAUAUAGCUGUGCUGUAACAUCUUCAUCAGGGUGGGCUUAUAAGUCAUGUGAUUUAAAAAACAGAUGGAUCUGUGAGAAGAGAAUCUUACAGUGAAAUAAACUCAUGAACUAACACAUCAGCACCAGUUUGUUUAGUAAUUGUGUUUACUAAUUUUGUUUGUUGUUAUUCAAUACAUUAUUGUAAAGUACUGUUUUCACCCACGUCAUGGUUUGGUCAGUUACCCAGAUGCGCUGCCAUGUUGGAGAUACUCGGAUGUAAACAACAGCAUGAAUUGCAUGGUUAAUGUAGUACUCAAGACAUUGUCCUACUAAUUUUUGAAGUCAAAACCA